CGCUGCUGUCUGUCUGUAUAGGAGAUUUAAUCUUUUCUUUCCUGGUUACGCUCAACAUUGAUCAAACUGUUCCUUGCUCUCUAUGGUCAAACUGCCCUCGAUUCAUAUAGACACAGUAUACCACGGUCCAGGCCUCUAAUGUCUUUUUGUUGUUGUCCCUUUCUUGACUGGACGGGAGGUAAAGGCAGAACCAAGAAGAUGAAGUUGCCCUUUUCGUAAAUCUGGGCUUUUCAGUGAAGAUUGGCAUUCUGAAUUCCACCUCCAUGGUUUUACCAGAGAGCGGAUUGGUUUCUAAAAUGCAACUUGACUGAAAAAGAAGUGCAUCUAACUAGCCAGUAUGGGUUGCUGCCAAAGCUGCCGCUGCCGUAAGGCCAAGUCAACAAAGGAAGUGGAUCAUGGACACUUCAUCUACUCCAGCAAUCCCAUCCCAGAGAAAAACCAUAUUCCCUUCAUGGACAUGCAGAUGAAGAUGACUGCGAGCUCGGAAAAUAUCGGCGCUGUAGCGGCUAAUGGUAAUAUAAAGGAUGGACAGAGUACGAUUGGAUCAACCAAGCCAAGAGGUUCAAACUUAUCCUUAGCAAAGAGAAACAGUGGCUUCUAUCGGUUGAGUAGACUCGGCAGUAACUUCAGCAUCGGGGAGAGCAUCCGAACUGAUGGAAGCACCUGGACAGUUGCGUCUUCUGUGAAUGAACAAAAAGAAGUGGACGAUCCAAAUUAUGCGGCAGAUGUUCUGACAAAGUUGAAUCGUUUCCGCCAUGCUAACAAGUACACAGACUUUUCCAUUUAUGUUGGGAGCCAGACUUUCCGGGCUCACAAAGUGGUCCUGGCAUCAACAAGUCGCUUCUUUUCUCUCAACAUCUGUAAUGAAAUAACAGAAGAGGGAGGGGUGAUUGUAAAGCAUGACAUGAUCCUGAACGAUAUCAAGCCUAAUAUUGUUGGUCUUCUCUUGGACUAUAUUUAUACUGCCAGACUGGUGAUCAGCUAUGAGAAUGUGGUGGAUCUGUUAACAGCUGCACAGUGCUUUUACCUGCACUCUGCCGAGCAGGCCUGUCAAGAGUUCAUGGACAAACAGGACAACCGCAGUAGAAACUCACUCUCAGAUGCCUCAAAACUCAUGGCUGAGUAUACAUUUGAGCAGCCGUACCACGUCAAUGAAGUCUUGCUUGGCAUGAAUGAUCAACGCUUUGACUCUAAGUUUGUGGAUGUUACACUGUGCGUCGGAGGGGAGGAGUUGCCAUGUCAUAGGGUUGUCUUGGCAACAGUGGACUCGGCGAUGGAGGAGAGGCUUCAGGCAGCCGAUCAGAACGGACAUGUUCAGAUUACUGAUGUGAGUGCAGCAGUCACCAGAAUGAUUGUAAACUACACCUACACCUCUAGGCUGGAGGUAUGUGAGGAGAAUGCGAAGGAAGCUCUGAUCCUGGCCAGCACUCUCCGCCAUGAGUCUGCCAUCAGGAAAUGUAGUGAGUUCCUGAAGACCAUGCUGGACCCUGCCAACUGUUUGAGCAUUCAGAGAUCUGCCGUCGGUCCAAGCUGUAGUUUGCUACACAAAGUUGCAACAAAGUUUGCUCUUAAGAACUUCCGGGAAGUCAUCAAAUAUGAGGAGUUUCUUGAUCUUUCUCCACAAGAACUUGUCGACUACCUUGGAGAUGAUAACCUGAACCUAGUGAGUGAGGAAGAGGCUUACAAAGCUCUGAUUAAAUGGAUCAAACAUGACUUUGAGACACGGCAGGAGUUCCUUGGAUUUACCCUCAAGAGCAUACGUCUUCCUUAUGCUUCUCCUAAAAUCUUAGAUGCUAUUGUUGAAGACCCGCUAGUGAAAGAGUGCGAAGGGUGUCAGGAUUUAAUCCUGGAGGUCAGAGCUAUCCAUGCCUUGAUCAGAGAAGGUAAGCAGAAGGGGGAUCCAAGGAUGAAGCCUCGGAAGUCAUUUGCCGACGUCACAUUUGUCAUCGGUGGGAGGAACAAGAACCAGCAGUGGAUACCAGAUACAAGUUUUUAUGACAACAUCCGCCGACAGUGGGUUCCUCUGGAACCCUUCCCUGGGAGUAACACUGAGUACAAGGUGGUGGCUCUGAACAAUGAUGUUUAUGUAAUAAGCGGGAGGUUCCGAGAGGGGAGAUUGUGCGGUGAUGUGUGGAGAUACAACUCUUUGUUUGACGAAUGGACUGAAGUAGCUCCUGUUAAUCUCCCCCGCGUUUCCCAUGGCAUUGGGGUCUUACAUGAUCUUAUUUACGUCGUAGGUGGAAGGGUUGACAAAUCAAAUGAGCCCCUUCACAGUGUGGAGAGAUACAGCCGUCAAACAAACCAGUGGAAAACCAGCGAAUCCAUGACCUACGGGGUGCUUGACCCCGUGGUGACCUCUCACAGUCGGCGACUUUAUGUUGUGGGCGGGUUGAACGAAGAUGGUAAGGUUCUCGUGCAGUGCUUUCAUCUCGAUAAGAAUGCAUGGACUGUGGUCAACGACGUCAGCCUUCCCUUCGAGCCUCGCUUUGGGGCGACAAUGAAAAGCAAGAUCUAUUUAGUUGGAGGGAAGACGGAGUACCUCGUUCAGGUGUACAACCCAAACAAAGGAGAGAUCAAGACCAUUGGGGAGAUGCAGCAUGCUGAGGCCCAUGAGAGAGAGCUCUACUCCGCUACGGUCACAAACCGCAAAAUUGAUGUAACGGGCGGUCAGUGGACUGUAGGGACGGUUGAAGAUGCUCUGACUAUUGCAACCAAUAGCGUUGAGCAGUAUGAUCCGUUGACCAAUGAGUGGACAGUACUUGGACCUAUGCCUCGGGCCUUGACGUAUCAUGGGUGUGUGACGAUCAAGAUGUACAUUGGAUUGCCCAAAGGAACUGAAACCUGGUCCAACAAAAGGUCAUACCAAAUAAGUAGAAAAUGAUCAAGUCAUAAUGUCACUGAUUGCUAGAUAUUGGUCAGAAGUAUUUUUGUAACGAUAUUCAAAACCAUGGUAUUCAGGGGUGCUCAAAUGGCCAGAUCAACACAUUGAUAUUGACUUCAGGCAUUCUCGCCUGGAAUGGACCCUUCCCAUGAAAUGCUCAUUACAUUCAUGCAUACCUACAGACCCUAUUGGUUGGCAAACGCCAUAGCACAAAGCAGACGCACAAACGCGUCUGCGUCACACUACCAUCAUCCCCAUACAAAAAGGCGCGACGUUCCUUCAUUUUGCUAACCAAAGUGUGACUGCACACGCGUGACGUACAAUUUACAUAUUUCAUGGGAAGGAUCUAUUGGCUUUAUGGGUAAAUACGGUCAGUGAGAUGUUUUCGUUCAAUGAUGUACACAUGUAGGACAAUAGAUCGUGUCCUUGUACGUUGACAUGUCCUCACAUAUAUGGGCACCAGAAUUAUCAUGUACAUACAUAAGUGUAAAUUUUCCUAUGAA